AUGUCGGACGAGAUCCUGUUCUACGACUUGCCGAGCAGAGGCAAAUGCCAGUGCUGGUCGCCAAACACAUGGAAGACCCGCGCCAUCCUCAACUUCAAAGGCAUCCCCUACAAAACCGAAUUCACCCCCUUCCACCAACUUCAAGAGAAACUAAAAGCAACCGGCAUCUCCCCCAACGAACCCGGCAUCGCCUGGGUCGACUACUCCGUCCCCGCCAUCCGCCUCCCCUCCGGCGAACACCUAAUGGACUCGCUCAAAAUCGCCCACGCCCUCGAAGACCUCCACCCUUCCCCCUCCCUCCACCUCGACACCGCCCUCCACGAGAAAACCUCUCUCGUAACAGCCAAAGCCGCCGGGCCCCUCCUCCCCGUCUUCAUGCCCAUCAUCGGGCGCUCUAUCGUCCUCGACUCGGACAGCGAGUGGUUCGAAACGGACCGCAGUCAGAAAUUCGGCUGUUCGAUGGCCGAGUUCGAGCGUACGAAGGGCGGGCAGCAGGCGUGGGAUGCGGCGCGGCCGGGGAUGGAGAUGUUGCGGGCGUUGUUGACGGAGGAGAAGAAGGAUGCAGGGCCGUUUAUUAUGGGGAGUGUGCCGUGUUAUGGGGAUUUGGUGCUUUUGGGGCUGUUUCAGUUUUUUCGGAGGUUGGGGAUUUGGGAGAAGUUUCGGGAGGAGUAUGGAGGGGAGGAGGUGGAUAAGUUGUGGGAGGGCGGGAAGGGGUGGGUUGAACGGGAUGAUUAUUGA